UUAGCAGUGGUGUUGCCGGGGAGGUCGCUGGAUGUGGAGGCGGAGUGCAGCCCGUUGGGACGGACGGUGGCAGACAGGAGACGCAGCUGACACAUGCUGAAUGAGCGGUGCCUCGAAGCUGAACUGCGGGAUGAGGAAUUGACCAUUAGAAUUUUUGGGGGGUAAUUGGGAAAAACGGUGAAACAGUCAUUAGUAUUAUAAAUUAUAAGCUACUAAAAUUGUAGUCCGCGCGGACGCAACGUUUGGACGGGAGCACUUUGAGCCGUUAGGACAACGUUACCGGGGAGACGGUAACCUAAGCAGAGAAAGCGACGACGCUCCACUCUAAAUAAGUGCGGUCAGUAACCGUGAAGAGUUAAAACCUUCGCACGGAAUUAAAAUUAAAAGGGCGAAUAAAUCUUCAGGACCUUGGGAGGUCAUCAUAAUAAGGCGAGGAUCGAAGCAGCAUGGUUACCACAAAGGGAGCAGGUCUGAACCCCAAUGCUAAAGUGUGGCAGGAGAUGCCUGCCCAGCAGAAUGACAUUACAGAGUGGACGGAGGAUUCAUCUUGGCUGCUGACUUCCCCUCCUCCAGUUGAGAUGACUAAUGGUAACUUAGAUGUUCCCUCUUCAGAGGGAAAAGGAUACACCGUUGAGUAUCAUGACAGUGAAGCUGACUAUGCCCCUGUGCCCACAGAGGGCUUUGACCACCACGACUAUUUAGUCUUUGACCCACAGUUUGACUCAGCUGCGGAUGGCAGUGUUUCUAAGGAGCAACCAAUGUCUAAAGAGAACCUAAGAGAGUCUUUGAAGAAACAGCUUGAAUUCUGCUUUUCUAGAGAGAACCUUUCUAAGGACCUGUACCUGAUAUCCCAAAUGGACAGUGAUCACUUUGUUCCCAUCUGGACCAUUGCUUCCAUGGAGGACAUCAAAGCCCUUACCACUGACAUGGACCUUAUUCGGGAUGUACUGCGAGCCUCUCCCAUGGUGCAAGUUGAUGAAACUGGAGAGAAGGUUCGGCCAAACCACAGUCGCUGCAUCAUUAUUCUGAGAGAGGUGCCAGAGACUACACCGGUUGAGGAAGUGGAGGCUCUUUUUAAGAAUGAAAAUUGUCCAAAAGUGUUAAGUGCUGAGUUUGCACACAACAGCAACUGGUACAUAACAUUUCAGUCAGAUAUGGAUGCACAGCAGGCUUUCAAAUACCUUAGAGAAGAAGUGAAAAUGUUCCAGGGAAAACCAAUCAUGGCCCGCAUUAAGGCCAUUAAUACAUUCUUUGGAAAGAAUGGCUUCCGCAGUGUGGACUCAAGUGUGUACAGUCAGCAUGUCCGACCACAAGCUCAAUAUGGCUCACCUGUCUACAUGCAGCAAGUGUACAGCCCUCAGCAGCAGUACCCUGUAUAUCCUGUGGUGUCUCCCUCCUGGAACCCCUCUGUUGUGCCUUACUUUGAAACACCACUGGCACCUUUCCCAAACUGUGGAUUCAUGAAUGGUUACGGUAGUCCUGGUAACUUCAAAGGAAACUCCAACACGAACACAGAACAUGAACCUGAGCACAUGUUCCAGCAUAUUGGCAGGAACCGAAACCAUGUUAAAGGUCAGCCUAGGUCAGGAGCUGUGCCUCCUCCUCCUUUGGCUCCUGGGACCCUGAUGGAUGGUCUGUCCAGUCCCUUUAGUGCACAGCCCCUCCAGACAUCAGGAACACCAACUGGCACCACUUCAGCGAUAGUCUCUCUGCCUUCCUUAAGCCUUAAAUACACUUCCCCCAGUGCAUAUCUAAGUUGGGCUGGACGGGGCAGGAGAGGUAACCACAGAGGCAUGAGGAGGAAACGAGAAGAGGAACAAACCACAAGGCCUGUUCCUGUCAUGGAGGCGAAGGUAUCACCUGCACCAAAUUUUGACCUGGCAGCUACCAAUUUUCCUCCUUUGCCGGGAUCUGUGGUCACUAUACAGGGAGAAACUACGCCAGAGAUGCGCCUUUCUGAUGUUGUACGUGGCCUAAAAGUGACCAGCAAGUCUUUGAGCCAAGAGGUUAACAAAAUCCGACACACAAGCACCUCAGAAGAUUCUGUAAGCAAACCUGAUUCUGUGACCCUGGUUGCUAAACCGGCUCCUUUGACACAGGAGACAGUGGCUUCACCAGUCUCAAGUGUUUGCCCUCCAGAAAAGGGAGAAGAUGAAGCUGAACCUGCUACUCCAAAGGGAACGAUCUCCUCGUGCACGCCGACUGCCUCCCCAUCAGCUGAUGCUGCUGUCCCCUCCACGUGCAGCCAGUCCGUUUCUGCAGAAGAACAUUCCUCAUCUCCCCCUACUCCAACAUCAGACCAGGGGUCAAGAAAGCUCAGCUAUGCAGAGGUGUGCCAGAGACUAGCCAAGGACCCACCACCAGCACAGUCGCCCUCUCCCUCCCCUCCUGCCUCGUCACCCAGCCAACCCCUGCAAGAGCUCAAGGUCAACAGGGUUGAGGAUCCUCGGCCAAACUCCAAGGCCACAACAAACAAACCAGAGAAAUCCGGUGACAACCGCCCCCCUCGCCAACCAUUACGCUCCUUCAGAGGGACGAAUGCCCAAGUUAAAUUUGGAGGUGCAGGGCUGAAGAUUCGAGAGCAACAGAGAGGCCUGAAUACUGGCAAACCGUUUUCCCCACAGCGGGGAGCCAGACGCAGUGGCAAAGAACAGAACAUUCCCCCGAGGUCACCAGAAUAACUCAAGGAAAAGGAACCUAUAAAGCAAUAUAUAUAUGUAAAUAUAUAAAAUAUGUAAAUAGACAGAUGAAUAUAUUUAAUUUGACGGACUUUGUCACUUAAUCCUUUAACAUUGUUGCAGACAUGAAAUUAUUUGGAAAGACUCUAAGAAAAUAUCCCUUUUAGGAAAAUGCAUAUAGUCUGCUGACAUUUAGGGUGAUAAAACACAUUUUAAUUAAUAUCACCAUGAUGUUAUCAAAAGGUGCCUUUGUAAGCAGACUAAAUCUGUAGCAUGUGUGAGCGUACGUGUCUGAGAGUGUGAGAGGGAGAAAGAGGGAUCUUAUUAAUUUUAGGUAAUACGGUAUUCUAACAUUUAGCAAGCAUUGUCAACAUCCGAAAUAACAAGAAGGCACACUUCAUUUCUUUCCGACUGGUUAUGGUUGACAUGUGAUUCAUCUGGGGCAUUUCAGUCAAAUUUGUGUUACACUUAAAUCAAGGAUGUGUGAUUAUUUAUAAAGUGGAAGAAUAACAAAACAGCAUAAUGUGUGAUUAACUACAGACGGUUUAGGUUUUGAGUAAUUUUUGAAUACACUUUCAUGAAAGUGGAUUGUUGUUCUACAAAUGAUGCUGAAUGUUGCAUUAUGUAAUGACUAUGAUCAUUCAGUGUUUGGCAGUGGUUGUCUUUGCGUCAUUUGAAAUGAACUCUGUACUGGAUCUGUUGUUUUUAUGUUUGUUUGUUUGUUUGGUUGGUUUUUUUUUGGGGGGGUGGGGGGGUUGUAAAACUGAAUAAUUACUUGUAAAAAGUAGUAGUAGCUCAAAUUCAGAGGAUCACCCAAGAAUCAUGGUGACAUAGGAUGUGGGUAGUUCUGUAUUUUCAAUUUCAGGAAUGUUUUUAGACUAGGAUUAUAGAUCUUUGAGCAAUCCACUGUACUUUGUCAGAAACUAGAAUCUAAAUUGCCAGAACAUUUUGGAUGAUGUUAAGGACCUCAGGAGCAGAAAUGGGAUUUUUCUACUGUAAUAGAAAUUUAUUGUCUCUUCUUGAUGAAAGUAUCCAUUUGAUGGUUGAUGCCAUGGCCAGUUUCUCAGCUUGAUUUGGUGACAUUGAUGAAGUGCGUUAUCUGUGUUGAUUGGAUACGUAAUGUGUAGUAGUCCUUUUGGCAAAAGACCACUUUUGAGCUUGAUUUUUGAAAAUGUCUGUGUGGUAGCGUUCCUCGUGUACACAGUUUUAUUUUAACAUCCUUAUGUUCCUGCUGUAGGCAACUUUUAUUUUCUGUUCAUUAAUAAUGCUUUUCUUUUGAUGUGUUUCUGUAGUAUUUGUAAAUUAGUGUGUAAUGUGAUCAGAGAACAAGAGAGUUAGUUAUAGUCAAAUGAAUUGGAUACUGGUAUGUACAGCCACUACAAGCUGAACAUCUGUAGUGGUAUGAAUUGAAAUGCACUAUCCUUUGUUCUCAAGGUUUUGAAUCAUUACGGAAGAAAUGGAAAUGUGUUGCACAGAAAUGCUCAACCUGUGCUUAAAGGUGUUGUUUGCUUUGUUAUUUCGUCUGAAUAUUCUGGUGUUGCAAAUUAAAAUGAACAGAUUUUCUGGAUUUCGGGAUAAAGCGUUUAACCUUAGAUAAGUGUUUUGAGUCCUCUUGUAGGGAAUUCACUGCGUUGUACAGUAUUUUGUGUCUUGUAAUCAGUAGUUCUCCUGUGUAUAUAUCUAUGUCUGUGUUGCUGUGUGAAAGAGAGAAACAGGUUGCUUAGGACUACAUGAAACUAAUAUUUCAAACCAAACCUGCAGUGCCUUAAGUGUUAAAUUUCAGCAAGAGUGCAAGACUUGGUGCACAUCAAUUGGUAACACAAGGCUGGUUAACUGGUUGUCAAAAUCCAACAUCUGAGACAUUAGCUCCUGUUCAGUUUAAAUCUUUGUUUACUGUAGGUGCAGCUGCAGGGCUGAGACUGGUUGGUGUGGAGCUUGCUGUGUAUGCGCUCAUUUGUCCGUUAUGUAUGUAUGAUGCAAUCAAAGUCUUAUAUCAGAAUCCUGCUUUUAACUUUCACAAUCAAACACGAGAUUGCAAUUUUCAGCCAAGUACACACUGGUUUGUUAAGUGAAUAUUUUAUUGCUGAGCCUGGUGUAUAUGAAUAAAGAUUUAUUUUUAAACA